UUUAUAUAAAAGGGCUACAUAGCCACUCUCUUUUGAUCCAUCCAUUCAUCCAUCAUCCACACCCUGCUGCUAGUUUUUACUACUUCACUGUCUCCAGAUAGGCUAUGCCCAGAGUUCCUGGCUCUUCAAAGAAAAUCAAAAAUAAAAAGAACAAGGAAAGAAACCAAAACGCUCAAGAAAAGAUCUCCCUCCCCCCGGGAACAUGUAGCUACUAGUUCUAGAUUUCUGGCAAAGAGAGGAGGAAGAACCAAUCAAUCAAUCCUCUCCCAAAAAGAAAGGCAUUGUUUUCUUGUGCAGUGCAGCUAUGUCCUUGAGUAGCAGCGGCGGCAGCAGCUGCGCUAGAGAGGGAGGAGAGAUUUUAAUUCUUUGAUUGCUCAUCCACCAUCUCUGUUCUUGAGAGCUCUGCUCACUCCUCCUUGUCUCUAUCCUGUUUCUUUUCACCCAUUCUCUGGCAAAUUCUGGGAAAAGCUUAUACAAAUCACACAUCUCUCUCUCGCUCUCGAUUUUUUCUCUUUUUCUUUUUUCCUCCCCAAAUCGAUCGGUACUUUUGAUCAGGCCGAUUGAAUUCCUUGGAUUUCCUGGCAUGACUCUUCAUCUUCUCCUGCUGCUGCUCCAUUCCAUCUUGAUCCUCGUCCUCGCCAGCUCGUCCGCGAUCGAUCCCGCCCAGGAGCUCGAUUGGGAGGCGGCGCAGCGGCGGGACAGAGUGGAGAGGCUCCCCGGCCAGCCCAAGACCCCGCCACUCCGCCAGUUCUCGGGCUACAUUCCCGUGUCGCGCGAUGGAAGGCGCGCCCUCUUCUACUGGCUCACGGAAUCCACCGCGCGCUCGCCACAUAGCAAGCCUCUCGUCUUGUGGCUCAAUGGAGGGCCGGGAUGCUCGUCGCUGGCCUACGGUGCGGUGGAGGAGAUCGGGCCCUUCCGUAUUAAGGCCAACGCGACUGGCCUCUACAGCAAUCCAUACGCAUGGAACAAAGUGGCGAAUUUGCUCUUCCUGGAAUCUCCUGCCGGUGUUGGCUACUCAUAUUCCAAUACCACCACUGACACAGACGCAUUUGGCGACACUCGAACUGCUGAGGAUGCUUAUUCUUUCUUGCUCAAGUGGUUCCAGAGGUUCCCGCAGUACAAGAGUCGAGAGUUUUACAUUCUCGGGGAGAGCUACGCAGGGCAUUAUGUUCCUCAGCUCGCAAAGCUGGUUCACGACGGGAACAAGGCGGCUUCCAAGACCAUCAUCAACCUCAAAGGCUUCAUGGUUGGCAACGCAGUCACGGACUGGUACUACGACAACCUCGGAAUUGUGGAUUACUACUGGACUCAUGCUCUCAUCUCCGACGAGACAUACACCACCAUGAAGCGACACUGCAAGUUUACGAGCGUGGAGUUGUCUAGCGAGUGCCAGAGGAUCAUGGACUACGCAUCCAAUCAAGAGAUUGGCAACGUCGAUCUCCACAGCAUCUACACUCCCGUGUGUCUCGAGGCUACCUGGAGCUCCAGCACUGGCAGGAAAUCCUCUCGCACCGCUCCUCACUGGAAUCCGCUCUGGAUGGGACAGACUGGUUUUGAUCCGUGCACGCCAAGCUACGCCGAGAAGUAUUUUAAUCGGCCCGACGUCCAACGAGCACUUCACGCAAAUGGCACUCCAAACAACGUUCCUCAUCCAUGGACACCAUGCAACUAUGGAAUUCUCGAGAAUUGGCACGACAAGGCCUUCUCCGUGCUGCCAAUCUACAAAGAACUCAUCAAAGCGGGUCUUCGAAUAUGGGUGUACAGUGGAGACGAGGACGCGAUGGUUCCAGUUACUGGAACGCGGUACUGGAUUCGCAGCCUAAAGCUACCAAUUGUGAAUCGGUGGUACCCGUGGUACUACAUGGAUCAGGUAGCUGGAUGGAGCCAGACGUACAAAGGCCUCACAUUUGCGACCGUGAGAGGUGCUGGACACGAAGUUCCCGUUUUACAACCGGAUAGAUCAUUGUCUCUUCUCGAGCAUUAUCUGAGAGGGAAGCCUCUUCCCAAAAGAUAGAAAAAAAAAGGGAUAGCGAAGUUUAAGCUAGACACAGAGGCACACAGUAAAAUGUGAAAAAAAGCAAUUUUUUCAAACAAAUUUUAAGUAAUCCAUUCCGUUGGA